AUGCCAGGAAGCGCAACGGCGCGCGAAGGGGGGGCAAAAGCCGGAACCGCGGGGGAGGGAGGGAGGGAGGCCAAGCAAGCAGCGAAGGAAGGGGGAGGAGGAGCGCGAAGGAAGAAGGGAGGAACGAGGGCGGGAGACAACCACGGCCCGGGGGAGCGAGAACGCGGACGCGAGAAGGAGGGGGGGCAAAGAGACGACGCAGCAAAGGGGCGCCGGGGCCGGGGAGGGGGGGGCGAGGAGGAACAGGAGGGAAAGCGGGAGGCGAGGAGACGAGGCCAGGGAGGGGGGAGGGGAGGGGAGGGAGGGGGCGAACCCAGAACAAGGGCAGGGGGGAGGGGGAGGGAGGGAGGGAGAGAGAGGCAGGCCAAGGAACCAGGCCACCGGGGGACCCGCCGGCGCAAGGGGAGGAGAGGAGGGGGAAGAGGAAGCGAGAAGAGGGAGGAAGGGAACAACAAGGCCCGGGCGCAAAGGGGGCCAACGCGAGGCAAGGAGAGGAGCAAGAAAGGGCAGAGCAAACAGCACAACCCCAAGGGGGCGCAGGGGGGGGGGGAAGCACGGGGGGGAAAAGGGGGACAGGCGCAACCCCACCAACCAGAGCCCAGCAACAAGCGACGCAAGGAGGGGGGGCCAACAUGGAGGCAAGCGACGGAGCAAAGAGGCACACCACCGACGCCACAACCCGCACGGGGCAGGAGAGGGGGGGGAGCGCAGGAGGCGGAAAAGGGCGGAGCAGGGAGCCCAAGGACAAGGAGCAAGGGCGAGCCGCAAGAGGGGCACGGACCAAGAGGGGCAACAAGAGGGGCAAGCACGGGACCAAAGAAGGGAGAGGAAGGCCAAAGAGACCAAGGGAAGGCAAGGGGCGCGAAAGAGCGGGAGGGACAAGAGCACAGGAAGGCGCAACGGGAGCGCCAGGAAGGCGCGACGCGAGCACAGGAGGGCGCGACAGCAAGAGGGGACAAGGCAAGAGCACGGCAAGAGGCAGGGAAGGGAGAGGGGCGAGAAGAGGGGCGCGGGCCAAAGGAAGGGCAGGAAGGGGAGAGAAAGAAAAAGGAGGAGGAGGAGCGGAGAGAGGGAGAGGAAGAAAGAGGGAGAAAGGCAGGGAGAGGGAGACACCAAGCGGGGAGGGAAAAGGGAGAGGGGCAAGGAAGGAGGGCCCAAGGAACAGAGAGAGAGGGGCCCAGGAGAGGAGGAAGGCGGAAGGGAGCACAGGAGGGAAGGAGGGAGGGCGCACCAAGGGAGAACACGGCCCGGGGAGAGAACGGCAGAGAAAGGGGGAAGGGCGGAGGCAGGGGAGGGCGGAAGGAUAAGGGCACACAGGGGCCGAGCGAGAGAGCAAGGAGGCCCAAGACGGGCGGGGGCAGGGAAGGAGCCGCAGACGCGCAGGACGGGGGAAACAAAAGAGGGGGGAAAAAGAAGGAAAGAGAAAGGGAGGCCAGAAGGCGGGAGGCGGGCAAAGGGGGGCCGGACAGGAGGACGGGGAAGGGGGCGAGCUGGAAGAGAGGGGAGAAAGGGACACCACGGGAAGAAAGACGGGGAAGAGAAAGGGGAGGGAAAGAAGGGGAGGGGCGGCGCCAAGCACGGGAGGGCGAGAGAGAGGGAACGGAGGCAAGCGACGGAGCAAAGAGGCACACCACCGACGCCACAACCCGCAGGGGGCAGGAGAGGGGGGGACCGCAGGAGGCGGAAAAGGGCGGAGCAGGGAGCCCAAGGACAAGGAGCAAGGGCGAGCGCAAGAGGGCCGGACAAGAGGGGCAACAAGAGGGCAAGCACGGGACCAAAGAAGGGAGAGGAAGGCCAAAGAGACCAAGGCAAGGCAAGGGGGCGCGAAAGAGCGGGAGGGACAAGAGCACAGGAAGGCGCAACGGGAGCGCAGGAAGGCGCGACGCGAGCACAGGAGAGCGCGACAACAAGAGGGACAAGGCAAGAGCCACGGCAAGAGGCAGGAAGGGAGAGGGGCGAGAAGAGGGGCGCGGCCAAAGGAAGGGCAGGAAGGGGAGAGGAAAGAAAAAGGAGGAGGAGGAGCGGAGGGAGGAGAGGAAGAAAGAGGGAGAAAGGCAGGGAGAGGAGACACCAAGCGGGGAGGAAAAAGGGGAGAGGGGCAAGGGAAGGAGGGCAAGGAACAGAGAGAGAGGGCCCAGGAGAGGAGGAAGGGCGAAGAGAGCACAGGAGGGGAAGGAGGAGGGCGCACCAAGGGAGAACACGGCCCGGGAGAGAACGGCAGAGAAAGGGGGAAGGGGGAGGCAGGGGAGGGCGGAAGGAGAAUGGCACACAGGGGCCGAGCGAGUAGAGCCAAGGAGGCCAAGACGGGCGGGGGCAGGGGAAGGAGCCGAGACGCGCAGGACGGGGGAACAAAAGAGGGAGGAAAAAGAAGGGAGAAGAGAAGGGAGGCAGAAGGCGGGAGGCGGGCAAAGGGGGGGCCGGACAGGAGGACGGGAAGGGGGCGAGCGGAAGAGAGGGGAGAAAGGGACACCACGGGAAGAAAGACGGGGAAGAGAAAGGGGAGGGAAAGAAGGGGAGGGGGCGGCGCCAAGCACCGGGAGGGCGAGAGAGGGAACGGCGAGCGAACGACGGGAAAGGGAGCGCGGCAGGGGAGGCACCCAGGGGAGCGGGAGGACGGGCCCGAGGGAGGAGGGCGGGCGAGGGCGCGAGGGAGGGGGAGGAGGGCGAGGGCGGGAGUAG